AAGCUUGCUGACCCGCAAGGCAGACUUCCACUUUCUCCUUUGCACUCAUCCAGCAGAACAAGGCUGUAAGUGCCACAGUGCCGGACAGAAACCUCCGGGCUCUUCGGUGUCCCAGUCUGCUGGUCCUUCCCACCCCUCCUCACCUGCCUGUGGUGUCUGCCUGAGAGAACAGGAGAAUGGAGCUGGGCAGGACUCAGAUAAGACUUGACCCCAGGUACACAGUAGAUCUUCUGGAGCUGCUGAAAACCAACUACAGCAUCUCCUCUGCCUGCUUCUCCUACCCUCCCACUGCAGCUCAGCUCCUGAGAGAAUUGGGCCCACUGGAAAUUGCCCUCACCAUCAUCUUGACCUUUCUUACCCUGGGCUCAAUUGCCAUCUUCCUGGAGGAUGCUCUUUAUCUGUACAAGAACACCCUUUGCCCCAUCAAGAGGAGGACUCUGAUCUGGAGUAGUUCUGCACCAACGGUGGUGUCUGUGCUCUGCUGCUUUGGUCUCUGGAUUCCUCGCGCCCUCACACUCGUGGAAAUGGUCACAACCUCGUUCUAUGCCAUAGUCUUUUACCUGCUGAUGCUGGUCAUGGUGGAAGGCUUCGGUGGGAAGGAAGCAGUUCUGAGGACACUGAAGGACAUUCCGAUGAGGGUGCACACGGGUCCCUGCUGCUGCUGCUGCCCCUGCUGCCCGCCCCUCAUACUUACCAGGAAGAAGCUUCAGCUGCUGAUGUUGGGCCCUUUCCAGUAUGCCUUCUUCAAGAUACUGCUGAACAUAGUGGGCCUGUUUCUCAUCCCUGAUGGCAUCUUUGAUCCGUCAGAUAUCUCGGAGAAAAGCACGGCUCUGUGGAUCAACACUUUCCUCGGCGCGUCCACGCUGUUCGCUCUCUGGUCGCUGGCCAUCAUUUUCCGGCAAGCCAAGUUGCACCUGAGUGAACAGAAUAUGGGAUCCAAGUUUGCUGUCUUCCAGGUUCUUGUCAUCCUGACGGCCCUGCAGCCCUCCAUUUUCUCCAUCUUAGCUAGCACCGGGCAGAUUGCUUGUUCACCUCCCUUUCCUUCUAAAACCAGGUCUCAAGUGAUGAACUGCCACAUGCUCGUCGUGGAGACCUUCCUGAUGACGGUGCUGGCACGGAUGUACUACCGAAGGAAAGACGGCAAGGUUGGGUAUGAGACUUCUUCGGCACCAGACCCAGACUUGAAACUCAAAGCCUGAGGCAAGUGGCUGGGACUAUGGAAAAGAUACUGUCCUUCUCAGGAGUGCAUGAGAGUCCUUCUGUCCCUCAACCUGAACCAGCGGUUCAGGCUCCCGCUGGCAGCGCAGGCUGGCAGAUUCCAUGUGACUAUAGGGAUGAGGGGAAGGUGCUGGACUGGAGCUUUGCUCAGGGAAGACAUUUAAAGUUUUGAAACAAACAGGGUAUGGCUGAGACUCUGCAGAGGGCACACUGCUUCUGUGGCCGCCACGAUUGGUCACCCUGAGCGUUUGCACAGCAGAAUA